UUAUUUUCAUUUACCUUUCUUUAUUGUAAAAUAAUUUUUGAUUAUAUGAUUGUAACUUUGAAAUUGGCGCCAUUGGACAAUUUACACAUUUAUAUUUAAUUUGAAUGCCAAGUAAACUUAAUUAUUGAUUAAUAUAAAUAGUGUAUAUUGAUAAGGAAUACAUUUAUAAAUUAUGGCUGGCAUUGAUAGUAUCGAAGUACCUAUUCCAGAUGAAGUUUGUAAACAAGUAGGUACUGCGGCAAGCUGGAUUAAUUCAAAUAAGAUUGGACUAUAUGCAUACAAAUACAUAAAUAAACGUACACAAGAUACAAAAAGUACCUUUAUUACAUCUAAUAUUAAAAUACAUAUUCUAAGACCUGAAGUAAUACUGUUUUCUCCUCCAUUGCGUAAACUUGUUAAUGAAAGUAAUGGAGUUUUCUUAUCAAUAUAUAAAAUUAAGUCAUCUUCUUCCGGAGAUAUUUGUCCAGAGUUAUUGAAACAUAGCAAGCAAUAUCGUUCUAUUUUAAGAGCAUGUGUAGAAGGUCUACAAGAUAUUGCAGAAAAAUCAUUAUCCGAAAAUAAAACAACAAUAGAAAAUUUUCUUACUAUCUUUUAUAAUGUAGAAUGUGUAUGGCACUUAACAGAAAUUUUAUAUGUCGAUAAUAUUCCAGGUAAUGUAAUUUUACCAUGUCUGUUGGAGUGGAUUCAAUUUCACUUUCCAUCAAAAGAACUUAAAGCAAUAAAAAUGUUAUCACAAAAAUGUAUUGCUGCUGAUUUAGAAUAUAUAUAUUACUGGGAAGUAGUAAUAGGUUGUGCAUUACAUGGAAAAACAGAUUUAGUACGUGCACUUUUGUCAAUGCAUAGCAAAGCAGACCAUCCAGCUUUUAUCGUUGCAGAAAAUAUGAUUAAAACCAUGCCUAUAUAUAAUGUUUAUGGUGGUUAUUCAGUGAGUGAGUUCACAAUACGUUGGAAACAUUGGCAGUUAGAUUUAUCUUCAAACAUUGAUAGCAAAACUUUUGCUAUUGAUAACAAUUUGGAAAUGCUUAUGAAGUUAGUAGUUGGAGAUGAAUCUACAAUAUGGGAAUUUUCAAAAUAUACAGAGGCCUGGUAUGAAUUAUUAGCUGCAAAAUUGUUCUACUCUGUACCUUGUUGUAAGCAAAUUGAGCUUACACGACAUGCAAAUAAUAUAGCAGAAAAAUGGAAAGCAAAUAAACCUUUGGAUAAUAUUAUUUUGGCUUUAAUAGAAAAUGAUCUUCAUCGAGUUAUUAAAGAAAUUCAAUGUAUGAAUGAUAAUGGAUGGUUUGCAGCUCAUUUAAUAGAUCUAUUGUUUAAUUGUGGAAAAUUAAAUAUUAUAGAUAAACAUCAAAUGAAUGUUACAGCACAGUUACAUGAAUCUCUUAUUUUAGAGUAUGCUACCACUUUAAUGGGACAUCAUUCCUUAUGGCAGUGUGGUGCUAGUUAUUUAAUACAUUGUCCCAUUCAAGGUUUAGCAAGAUUAGAAAUAUUAUUACAAUCAUUACCCAUGGGUUCAGAAGCAAGGGUAAACAAAAUUAUUGAUAUUGCACGUGAUAGCAACAUAAAUCAUAUAGUUACUAGUAUAUGUAAAAUUCAAGGUGUGAAAUGCAUUAGACAGAAAAGACUUGGAAAUGCAUUAUCAUGGGCAUUAAAAGCACAAGAUGGUGGUUUCAUAACAUAUAUUGCUAAUCAAUUUCUAAAAUAUUAUGCAGAAAAUGGGGAAUUAGAGUGUCGUGAUUUACUCGAGAAUUUAGGACCUUGUAUGUUAGCUAGUGAUAGACUUACAUUUUUAGGUAAAUAUUGUGAAUUUCAUCAAAUGUAUAGUAUUGGUGAAUUCAAAGAAGCAGCUAGCUUAUUAGUUUCUCUAAUAGUUUCUAAUUUAACACCAAGAUAUUUUUGGUCAAUCCUGUUCACAGAUGUUAUUCCUCUUUUGGAAAGUGAAGAUGUUAUUUUAUCAUCCAUCGAUUCCUUUGAAUUAUUACGUUGUGUUGAAGCUCAUGGUGAUGAUCCAAAGUUUGCAGAUAAAGUAGAAAUAUUUCGUUUAGCAGUGGCACGAAAUUUAGCAAGAGCAUUAAAUCUUGAAGGUUGUCAAGCAGAACAAUAGUAAUUUCAUAAAAAGAAUUACUAUUGUAACUUUUAAAUAAAAUUAAAAAAAUAACCAAACUGAAAAUUUUAUAUUUAUACAUAUUUAUAUGAACUUGAUAUAGUUUUUCUAAAUAUCUAGAUAAUUUUUAUAUAAAAUAAGACAAAUGUAAUAGUUGCAAAGCAAUAUUAAAUAUGAUAAAAUGUUUUUGAAAUCAGAGAAGUUUGAAUGUAUAAUGAAUUAUAAAUAUAUAGUAAAGUAAAAAAUUCAUGAUGUUCAUGUUAUAUUCAGAUCAAGGUCUGAUAUCUACAUUAACACUUUCUAAUGUUAAAUUAAGGGAAAUCGAAAUUCAUUGUUAAAUAAAUUAUAAAACAAGAAAAUAAU